AUGACAUACCAAACAUGGAUCCAUCAUGGAGAACAACCUAGUGAUCAUGUUUUCAAUGUUGAAGCUCCUCCUCCUCUACCCGCUAAUCAUGUUCUGAAUGAAGAUGCUCCUGUUUCGAGAUUGCACGACUUGUUUACUGAGACAUUAGGACGUGCAGUUGGUGUCAAUAACUUUGAAAACUUCCAUAACAAUUCUGACUGUCCCUCGGGUGAUGAUAUUGAAGAUGGUUCUGGUGGUAAUAAUCAAGAUAGAGCUGAUGUCAAUGAUGUCAAUUACAAUAAGCAAUUGCAAGAUGCGGCGCAACCCUUAUAUCUAGGUUGUAGUGCUGAACAUACAAAACUAUCGACAACAGUUUGUUUACUUAGUAUGAAAGCAAGAUAUCAAUGUUCUGAUGUUUUCAUGACCAUGUUAUUGGGAUAUUUGAAAACUAUUUUACCGGCUGAGAACACGUUACCUGAUAAUUGUAGGAAAGCUAAGGAUAUGAUUAAACCGUUUCAGUUUCCGGUACAAAUUAUCCAUGCUUGCAUUAAUGAUUGCAUUCUCUAUCGGAAGGAUUAUGCUGAUUUAGAGGAGUGUCCUAAAUGUAAGGAAAGUAGAUGGAAACAGCCGCCAGAAGGGAGUAUUCCAACUACUAGAAAGUUGUCGGUAAAGAUACUUAGAUAUUUUCCAGUUACGGAAAGGUUACAACGAAUGUAUAGUGUCCCUUGGAUAGCUGAGCUGAUGAUUUGGUAUUCUAAGGUUGUGGAAAGUGCUACACACAUGCGGCAUCCUGUGGAUUCUUCUCAGUGGAAGUCUAUAGAUCGAAAGUGGCCUGAGUUUUGUGAAGAGAAGCGACACGUGCGUCUGGGACUAGAAACUGAUGGUUUUAACCCUCCCAUGACAGAUUUUCAUGGUUAA